GGGCCUGCGUGGCGGUGGUGGCCGCUGCUGCUGCCCGCGCCCCUCCCCCGCGCGGCGCUCAGUGCCAGGCGGGAGGCGGCAGCGGUUAGAGGCUUCGCCGGGUGUUGCAGCGGGGACUUCGGCGGCGGCGCCUCAGGCACCUCGGCCCUGACACAAUGAGGCGAGUGGUACGACAGAGCAAGUUUCGGCAUGUAUUCGGACAAGCGGUGAAAAAUGACCAGUGUUACGAUGACAUCCGGGUUUCUCGAGUGACCUGGGAUAGUUCCUUUUGCGCUGUCAAUCCCAGAUUCGUUGCCAUUAUCAUAGAAGCGAGUGGGGGAGGAGCAUUCCUUGUGCUCCCUUUGCACAAGACUGGUCGAAUCGACAAAUCUUACCCUACAGUAUGUGGCCACACAGGACCGGUGCUCGACAUAGACUGGUGCCCACAUAACGAUCAGGUCAUUGCCAGUGGCUCAGAGGACUGCACAGUUAUGGUGUGGCAGAUCCCAGAAAACGGACUUACCCUUUCCCUGACCGAACCUGUGGUGAUUUUAGAAGGCCACUCGAAGAGAGUUGGCAUCGUGGCCUGGCAUCCGACUGCCCGCAAUGUACUUCUUAGCGCAGGCUGUGAUAAUGCCAUCAUCAUCUGGAAUGUGGGGACGGGGGAAGCCCUUAUAAACUUGGACGAUAUGCAUUCAGACAUGAUUUACAACGUAAGCUGGAACCGGAACGGCAGUCUGAUCUGCACAGCUUCCAAAGACAAGAAAGUGAGAGUAAUCGAUCCUAGAAAACAAGAGAUUGUUGCUGAGAAGGAGAAAGCACAUGAAGGAGCAAGACCAAUGAGAGCCAUCUUUCUGGCUGACGGGAAUGUCUUUACCACUGGUUUCAGCCGCAUGAGUGAGCGGCAGCUGGCUCUCUGGAAUCCGAAAAAUAUGCAGGAACCAAUCGCUCUUCAUGAAAUGGACACUAGCAAUGGGGUGUUGCUGCCCUUCUAUGACCCUGACACCAGUAUCAUCUACUUAUGUGGGAAGGGUGACAGCAGUAUCCGCUAUUUUGAGAUCACAGAUGAAUCCCCGUACGUCCACUACCUCAACACAUUCAGCAGCAAGGAGCCUCAGAGAGGGAUGGGCUACAUGCCCAAGAGGGGACUCGAUGUUAACAAAUGCGAGAUUGCCAGAUUCUUCAAACUUCAUGAGAGAAAGUGUGAGCCUAUUAUCAUGACUGUUCCCAGGAAGUCCGACCUUUUCCAAGAUGACCUGUAUCCUGACACAGCAGGGCCUGAAGCGGCACUGGAGGCAGAGGAGUGGUUUGAGGGGAAAAGUGCAGAUCCAGUCCUCAUCUCCUUAAAGCAUGGAUACAUUCCUGGCAAAAACAGGGAUCUCAAGGUGGUCAAGAAGAACAUUCUGGAUAGCAAGCCCACUGCAAAUAAAAAGUGCGACCUGAUCAGUGUCCCCAAGAAAACCCCAGACACGGCCAGUGUGCAAAACGAAGCCAAGUUGGAUGAGAUUUUAAAAGAGAUCAAAUCUAUAAAAGACACAAUCUGCAAUCAAGAUGAGCGCAUUUCCAAGUUAGAACAGCAGAUGGCGAAGAUCGCAGCCUGAAGGUUCACCCCCCACCCCCAAAAUGGGAGCAGGAACUUGUGCUUGGUAGCUGGUUGUUGGCGUGGUCCCAGGGAGGGCGAAAGGGAGGCACUGCCAUUCGGAGACAUUCCGUGUCACAUUUGUCAACCAGCGAUAGGCCACAUUCCAGUAAGAACUCAAUUCGUCUCCCAGAUUUGCAGAAACAAAAUGUGAUUGAAAAGCUGAGCUUUUUAUCCGAAAGCUUUUUUGAUGUUUUAAGUGUUAUGUGACUUGAACUUUUAAAAGACAAAAGUGCUACUUUUAAAAUCCCAGAUAAUUCUGAAUUUUAGAAAACCAACCAAUUCUGAUUCAGUGUCGUGCCCAAGUACCUUUUUUUUUUUUAUAAACGGGGACCAAUGCCACAUUGCUUUUUAUAUUUCUUUUUUUUAUUGUUGCCAAAACCAAAAGUAGCUUCCCCCCCCCCUUGUAUUUUGCUACUUUGCAGUAUUUGUGGGUUUUUUUUUUUUCCUUAAUUUGAAAGGGACAGCACUGUGUAUGUUUAUAAACUAAAUGAAGAUAAGAUAUUAUUUUGUAUACACGUUCAUCUGAGAACAAUCAGAGCAGUAGCCACACGGUGCUGGCUCUUUUGCAGCACAAACCUGGUCAUCCUCAUGACUGUACAGAAGGAAGACUUGAAAAAUCACGUGGGUUCGCAUCACCACCCUCUCCUUUCAUGGAGUCUUCUGAUCAAAAAAGCUCCUAUUGUAUUGUUUCCUUUCUUUCCUUUCUCUUUUCUAGAAACUGGGUGGUUGUACCAGAAUGGAAUUUCACUUCUUGGUUAUCCUGUGCUUCAGAUGAUUAUAAUCUAACCUAAACUAGCAUGUGUUUCUGCAGUUUUGUUAUACACAUAGAAUCUAUUGCAUUGAUCACUUUAAACAUCAUGUUUCAGGUUUCGGUCAAUACUUGACAAGGGUACCCGGGACAAGAAGCCACAGAGGCCACUGUGGGGUGCGCCUUCUUGCCCACUUAGCAGCCUGCCUAGCUCUUGAGUACAGUAGGGGACUAAGACCUAGGGAACCUGGAGGGGAGUGCGUGCCCCCACG